CUUAGCCCCUCCAUCCGGGUACCACCAUCCUCUUAGCCCCUCCAUCCGGGUUCCCCGCCCGCCGGCCCAGCCGGGCCCCGCUCCCUCCCGGCCAUGACGAUCCUGCCCAAGAAGAAGCCCUGCCCGGCGGCGGGGGACGGGGAGCGGGACCCGCCGGGCGGACCCCCCCGCGCCGCGGCCUCGGGCGGGGUGGGCGGCCCGGACCCCCACCCGCACCCCCACCCGCGGGGGGGGCCCGGCCCGGACUCGCACGCCCGGGGGGGGGCCGGCGGCGGGGGCGGCCCCCCCGCCGGCCCCGACCCCCGCGGCGGAGGGGCCCGAUCCCGGGCCUCCCCUCCCCCGCCCCGCUGGGGGGCGCCCCCCGCCGGCUCGCCGCCGCCGCCGGGCCCCGGCGGGGUGGGGGGCGGCGGGGACCCGCUCGGGGGGCUGGACGGGGCCCCGCUGCUCGGGGCGGGCGAGGCCCGGGGCGGGGGCUGCUGCUCGGGGCCGGGGCACAGCAAGCGGCGGCGGCAGGGGGGGCCCGGCCCGGGCAGCAGCCCCGAGCGGGACGAGGCCGGCGGCGGCGCCGGCUGUAACAGCGAGGACGAGUACGAGACGGCGGCGGCCCGCGGGGAGAGCAUGGACCCGGCCACCGUGGAGCAGCAGGAGAACAGGUUUGAGAAGUCGCUGCGGGAGAAGAAAGGUUUCAUCAUCAAGCAGAUGAAGGAGGACGGGGCUUGUUUAUUCCGGGCUGUGGCUGACCAGGUCUAUGGAGACCAGGACAUGCAUGAAGUGGUCCGGAAGCACUGUAUGGACUACCUGAUGAAAAACGCCGAUUAUUUCUCCAACUACGUGACUGAAGAUUUCACCACCUACAUCAACCGGAAGCGGAAAAACAAUUGCCACGGCAACCACAUUGAGAUGCAGGCCAUGGCGGAGAUGUACAACCGGCCUGUGGAGGUGUACCAGUACGGCACAGAGCCCAUCAACACUUUCCACGGCAUCCAGCAGAACGAGGACGAGCCCAUCCGGGUCUCCUACCACCGCAACAUCCACUACAACUCUGUGGUGAACCCCAACAAGGCCACCAUCGGCGUGGGGCUGGGGCUGCCUUCCUUCAAGCCAGGGUACGCGGAGCAGUCGCUGAUGAAAAGCGCCAUCAAGACGUCAGAGGAGUCCUGGAUCGAGCAGCAGAUGCUGGAGGACAAGAAGCGAGCGACCGACUGGGAGGCCACGAACGAGGCCAUCGAGGAGCAGGUGGCCCGCGAGUCCUACCUGCAGUGGCUGCGGGACCAGGAGAAACAAGCCCGACAGCCCCGGAAAGCCAGCGCCACCUGCAGCUCGGCCACGGCGGCGGCGACCAGCGGGCUGGAGGACUGGAGCAGCCGCUCCCCGCGGCAGCGCAGCUCAGCCCCGUCCCCCGAGCACCCCGACCUGCACGGCGAGAUCACCGCCCUGAAACCGCCCUCCCCGGGCACCGCCGCCGCCCUGGCGCUGCCCAAGCCGCCCUCGCCCUGCGCGCCAGGCACAAGCAGUCAGUUAUCGGCAGGAGGCGGACGAGCGACCCCACCCUUAGUGUCCUUGUACCCGGCCCUGGAGUGCCGGGCCAUCAUGCAGCAGAUGUCGCCUACUGCGUUUGGUCUGACCGACUGGGACGAGGACGAGAUCCUGGCGUCGGUGCUGGCGGUCUCGCAGCAGGAAUACCUGGAGAGCAUGAAGGGGUCCCUGCACAGAGACAGCCCCGCCGACAAGAGUUGAUAAUGAAGGGAGACUGUCAGCCCCCCGGCCCCCCUGCGCCCCCCGGCCCCAGGGCCCCCCAGCGCUCAUGGCUGGACGGAAACAGAGACCAAGAACCUGGGGAGAAAGCCCAAGCGGCCGCGUGUGGCCUCAUCCCUUCUGCCGCCAGCUGGAGGCGCUGCCGGACCCCCAGCGG